AUGACCAAACCUGGCGAUUCCAAAAGUGACGCGGAAAAGGAGCAGCCUACGCCGCCACAGCAGCAGGUCGUAAAUGCCGUUCAUCGUAUAGAAUUACCACCGUUUAAUGGCACAAAUAUUCGUCUAUGGUGGCAUCAGGUUGAGCUGAGAUUAGGUCUGGGCACUUUCAAGAAUGAACAGACAAAAUUCGAGGCUGUCGCCGGUUCCCUUCCCCACGAUAUAGCCAGCAACGUGCAGGAAAUGAUAUUCGAGCCGCCAGAGCUGAAUCCAUUCUCGGCAUUACGUGAUCGCGUAUUCGAGGUGUAUGAGCCUUCGGAUACUGAGAAAAUGAAUCGCCUGCUUGAAGGGUGUCAACUUGGUGAUAAAAAACCAUCUAUUCUACUGGCUGAGAUGCGUGUCCUUGCAAAAGGUCGCGUCACCAACAAAACAUUGUCCGACCUGUUUAAACGCAGAUUACCUGAGCCAGUUCAACUUGUUUUAGCUGCCGGAUGCGUUACUGACCCGGAUAAAAUGGCUGCAGUUCAGUAUGUUCGUCCACCUACAGUAGCAGCAGUAGCGACGUCAGGUGCGACCAGUGCAUCCAGCUCCGAAGCACCUGACCAUAGUUCGUUACUUGGUCAAAUCUCAGCACUGACAGAAGCUGUCAAUACACUUGUCAACGAAAAUAGACAGCACAGAUUGCGCUCACGUAGGCGAAAUGAUUCUGAGAAUGGCCGGUCACGUUCCAGACAGCGUUCUGGGACGCCAAGAAACGCCAACUACUGCUGGUACCAUAAUCGUUGGGCUGAGAAAGCGAAAACGUGUGUCGGCAGUUGCCAAUGGCCUAAAACGCUGGAAAACAAGUAG